UUGGGUGGGGGGCAGCAAUGAGGACACCAAAGUUUGUGACAGCCCUCUGCUCUGCCACAGAGGGCCUUCUAAUCAGCAACGCGCUUCCUAUUGACUCCAGACGCUGUUAAUCCGCAGCACGCAUGCGCACUAGAGGAAUGUGCGUUGCUAAGGACUCUUUCACUGCUGUGAGUUCCCAUGUCCGGAGCCCUGUGCUGAGAAAAUGGAAGCACAGUCCUUAACGUUAGAAAGUUUACUGGAGCCCCCAAAACUGCUACGCAGACCUCUUCCUCCCAAGGUCUUGCCUUCCCUCAAUGAGCAGAGGCCAAAAAUCUGCAGAAAUGAAGAUAAGCCUACACCAGCCACAGCUCUAUUACACAGCCAAGAUCUCCCUAGGAAUCUCCAUAACACAGUGUUAAGAAACCAUAUCCAGGCAGAACCGAGUGGCUUGCCCAACUUCCCCAAGAGAAGCCAUAGAAAACCGCCAGUGAAAAUUCCUCCUCUCGAUGACUUUUACUAUGACCCUCCAUCAACACCAUUCACUCUGAGUGGCCUAAUAAGACAGACGGUUUUGCUCCCAAACCCUGAUACCCUGCGCAAACCAGUCCUGUCUCACACACACUACAGCAAUAUGGAAAAUUGUAUUGCUAAAAUGUUGAGUGACAAGCAAAGCCAAAUGAACAGUGUCAAUUUGUCUCCAUGGGAUAUUCCAGAGGUGGCACAAAGGGUUCCAGAGAAACAGAGGAUCCUGGAACUUCAGCUUGAGAUGUCCAGUCUGGGAGACAGGAAGAUUACAGUGAACCAGCUUGUUAGAUCACAUUAUUGGCAAGACUCAGAUUCCAUGUAUGAUGAUACUGGCCAAGGACAGCUCCAGCAAAUGCUCGUAUCUCGCAGUAACUUUGCAGUGAUGGACAGCCUGGUACACGGAGGAAGCAUUUUGAAUCUUAAGGCAUUUUUUAUAUCAAAACUUCCAGAUGUGACGCCUCUCUAUAACACACUGGUCUACCUCAACUUGUCUUUCAAUGAUCUGCGACACUUUCCCAAGGAGGUAUACAAGCUGGAACAUUUGGAAGUGCUUAAGCUAAGAAACAACCCUUUAAAAGAAAUCCCUUUUGGAAUCCACAGUCUCAAAAAGCUCCGAACCUUCAUUAUGUCAUUUUGCCUUCUAUCUUCCCUCCCUGAAGGUUUGUUCCAGCUGUCGUGCCUCCAGGUACUGGAUGUUUCCUACAAUAGCAUUUCAUCAAUUCCCAAUGAUAUCCAGAACCUGAGGGGGCUUGAGUUCCUAAAUGUAGAAGGAAAUAACCUGGCAGCUUUACCCUGUGGGGCACUGAAACUUCAGCUGAGAUGCGUGCGUGUUAGGAACAAUGCCAUGCACCCACUGUUCUGGAGAGAAAACAGCCAUAUUGCACCCCAGAGACUUACUGACAUGGCAGCUGCUUCCCUGGCCAGAAGCAAUAAGCUCCCUCAGUUGCACAGUAUUCCAUGUGAAGCCAAACAGAUACUGGAGAGUUUCAGAGUGUGCGAUUGCUGCAGAGGACGACUAUACGGUGAAGGACUUCGCUUUAUUCGGCCUGGCGAGAAAAUCUUUGGCAUCCGCAAACUCCCAUUCAUGUUCCGAGCCUGCUCACCAACCUGUUAUAGAAACUUCAUGAGCCAGACAGAGACACUUGUGGAACAACUAUAUGAAAACUGCUAGUCCCAUGUUGUUCUAGCUAUUCCCCUACAACUGCAUCUCUCCCAGUCCUGCAUGUGUCACCUAAAUAUGGCCAGCCUUGCAGAGGGCUCUCUCAAUAACUGUCUCACUUCCUAGCAUGCAACAUGGCUUAUAACGUCACCAAGAUUACAGACAUUUUAGGAAACUAUGGCUUUUUUUUUUUGUUUUAUAAGGAUAUGUGGACUUUAGUUCAGCAAGUGGUGCUGAUAGAUGGAGGAAGAUGCACAAUAUGUGAGGCAAUCCCAGCCUUUUCCAAAUGUGAAAUUUCUGAGCUGUCUAUUUUUUUUAUAAAGAUUAAAUACAAUGUAUCACUGUA